GAUUGUUUGUCGGCAGACAGUCAGUUUUAAACCAGGAGGACCGGAGUUCCAGGAGCUAUUUGGGAAUCUCUGAGCGGGGAAAACUACGUCCAACACGGGAGAACUCACAAGGAGGAAUCCGACAUGAGUUGGGGAACGGAGCUCUGGGACCAGUUUGAUAAUCUGGACAAACAUACUCAGUGGGGGAUUGAUUUUCUGGAGCGCUAUGCAAAGUUUGUUAAGGAGAGGCUGGACAUCGAGCAAAACUACGCCAAACAGCUACGGAACUUGGUCAAGAAAUAUUGUCCUAAACGCUCUAAGGAUGAGGAGCCAAGGUUCACAUCAUGCCUUUCGUUCUACUCCAUACUGAAUGAACUCAAUGACUAUGCUGGUCAGAGGGAGGUGGUGGCAGAGGAGAUGGCUCACAAGGUCUAUGGAGAGCUGAUGAGAUACGGCCUGGACCUCAAAGCUGAGAGGAAGCAUCAUCUACAGGAGGGCAGGAAGGCCCAGCAGCAUUUGGAUCAUUGCUGGAAACAGAUGGACAGUAGUAAAAAGAAGUUUGAGAGAGAGUGCAGGGAAGCGGAGAAAUCCCAGGUGUCCUAUGACCGGUUGGAUAAUGACAUCAACGCCACCAAAUCAGAAGUGGAGAAGGCCAAAGCCCAGUUCUACCUGCGGACUCACACGGCCGACGAGAGUAAGAACGAAUACGCCUCUCAGCUCCAGAACUUCAACGCAGAACAGUGGAAACAUUUCAACAACGCCAUACCACACAUCUUCAAGAAUCUGCAGGACAUGGAUGAACGUCGGACAGUGAAGCUUGGCGAGACAUACAGGAGUUUUGCGGAGGCAGAGCGGAGAGUCAUUCCCAUCGUCUCCAAAUGUCUAGAGGGAAUGGUUGUUGCCGCCAAAGCUGUCAAUGAGCGAAAGGAUUCAGCCAUUGUUGUAGAGUCGUUUAAGUCCGGCUUUGAACCUCCAGGCGACUUUCCCUUCGAGGACUUCAGUCAGAACCUCAGCAGAACGGGUUCAGAUGGGACCAUCAGCAACACGCCCAAAGGAGAGCGAGACCGAGACAGGGACAGAGACAGAGACGGAGCCCCUGCACCACGAUCUGACCCAAAACACCCUAUGAACAGAACCAAGAACAAGCUCUGGCUGUUCGGGAAGAAACCAAAGUCCCCUUCCUCCUCUCCUCCUUCACCACCCUCCUCCUCCCAUCCCCGGUCUUCCUCCAACCUCUUCCCCCCACCCCGGUUCAACUCUGACCGUGUGAGCCACUAUCUGUCAGAGAUAAAGACUUCAGUACCGAGAAUCCCCCAGAAUUUGAGGGUCCUAAGGAGAGGGGCUCCGUCUCUGGAGGAUUUCAGUCAUUUGCCCCCCGAGCAGCGGAGGAAGAGGCUGCAGCAGAGGAUCGACGAGCUCAACAAAGAGCUCCAGAAAGAGAUCGAUCAGAGAGAUGCCUUGAACAAGAUGAAGGACGUGUAUGAGAAAAAUCCACAGAUGGGAGACCCCAGCAGCCUGCAACCGCAAAUAUCAGAGACCAUGUGUAACAUGGAGAAACUGCGCUCAGAAAUUCACAGAAAUGAGACUUGGUUAUCUGAGGUGGAGGGAAAGCAGAGCUCCAGAGGAGACAGAAGACACAGCGCCGACAAUCACCACCACACUCCUCAAGGCAGAGAAAGUCCUGAGGGCAGUUACACUGACGACACCAGUCAGGAGCAUCACACGCCGCACCACCGCCCCAAUCCCUCGCAGUCGGGACAGCCCAAGCCCAACCCCAACCCCGACCCUCACGAAUUUGAUGACGAAUUUGACGACGACGACCCACUGCCCGUCAUCGGACACUGCAAAGCACUGUACUCUUUUGACGGUCAGAACGAGGGGACGCUGGUUAUGGCAGAAGAUGAGGUGUUGUACAUCAUCGAGGAAGAUAAAGGCGACGGCUGGACGAGGGCGAGGAAGCAGAGCGGAGAGGAGGGCUACGUCCCCACCUCCUAUGUAGAAAUCACCAUGGAGAAAAACAGCAAAGGUGCUGUCACCUACAUCUGAAGCUACACUGUCCUCUGACCUCUCCUCCAUUCUUCUGUCGUCCCCUCCAUCUCUGCUCUCUGUUCAUCAAUAAUAUAACACUAAGGAAAAAGACAGAAUCCGAACACCCGCAUGGACGUCCGUCUCUUUCCUUCUUUCUGAUUUCCCCUUCCAUCUCAUCAUCCCUCGGUCUGUUUAUUAAUCAGUCGUUGUCCUCUCAUGUCUGUGAGCACUAAGUCUACAUGAUGGCAUUGAAGUGAUGUUGAUCUAGUAUUUGAGGCCUCUGUGUGUGUGCGUGUUUGUGUGUGAUUGUCUGGCUGGCUGGCGUCUCCUCUGCUGUUUUGAGCCCACGACGAAGGCAGCACCACUUCUUAUCGAUCAAAGUUUAAGCUUGUUUAAGAUUGUUUUUAUGUAAUAUAUUAGAAAUGAUAUAUUUUUAUCCUAUUCUUUUAACUGCUGUAGAUGUUUUUUCCCCUGAUUUUAAGCUGAUUUGUCCAUUUUUAUUUGUUUUUAUUUCUGUCUGAUUGCUGUGUGCGUGUGCGCGUGUGUGUGUGUGCAUGUAUUUUUGUAUCUGUGCCAUUACACUAAGGGUGGAAUUACAGUUGCAGAGGUUUGUCUGGUUCCAGCCUUCAGUGUCGUUGUAUCCUCACUGCGGUUUUCUUACAGAAUCUCACUGGAGAAAGUAAAGUUUCACACUGCACAUUGCUACAACUUGUUUUGUCAGUCAUUCAGAACAAAGCGGAAAUGUUGUAAUUCUUAAAAUGUUUGUUAACAAAUAUUUUACUCAACUUUUCAUGGGAUUUGUUGACAAAAACUAGAAAAUAUGCCCUUUGAACACUAUCCAUUUUUUACCAUAAAAGUCUAUUCCUCGUAGCAUCAAGUCAAUACAGAGAAGAGCAAACUGCCAGCAGAUUCCGACAUGGUAGCAGAGGCUGUCAAACACUGUAAAUCUGCUGCUGUGUUCAAGCACAGGGGAGUCCAAAUCAAAUACUUGUUGUAGGUGUUUGGACGUUUUCUCACAACAUGGAUGCCACAUGGAGACAAACCUCUUAUGGUUUUAUUCUGCAGUUGGUAAAAGAAACUAUGGCUAUGAUAUACCUUUUUAAAGUUCCACUCUGGAAUUCUGAGUAACUACCAGAACACGGCCUGUUCCUCAACAAUGAGGUAUGCUAGGUUUUCUCUUUGUAGCAGGUGUAGUUAAAGUGGUGUCUCGCUGUUAUUUAGGUCUGAAGCAGGAUGAAAUUAUCUUCACAGCUAUUGGACAGGAUUUCAGCACAGCAUCAGAUCUCGAUUCUACAUCAGUUUGUCUUUCAGACGGCAAGAAGGAGAAGGAGGAUGAGGAGGAGGAGCGUCUGCGACUCUGAUUCCUAAUGAAAGGAACAGACAGAAUUUGCAGGAUGCUUAAAAUAUUUUGGAUUCUUCUUGUCUUUCCUUUUCCAGAUUUGAAUCGGUCUUUGAGUCAAACGUCUACUCCUGUGUUUAACUCUCAAAGACAAUGGCAGUCUCUCUCUCUCUCUCUCUCCCUCUCUAUGAGCACUUUAAAAUCACAAACUUCCUUCCACUUUAGUUGUGUUUUCUUUGUGUUGUGGGUGCACCAAUGUGUGUGUUUGAGUGUCUCUUUCUCUUCUACACUUGUGUGUUUUAGUAACUUCCAUUCUCUUCUAUGUGACUGCAGGUUCCUGAGGGCUGCAGGGUGGCCAGGCGAUUUGAUUGGCUGGUGGAGGGCUCACGCUGUUUGCUGAUUAUUGGUGAUGCAGGAACACAAGAGUGAGAGAAAUAGGUGUGGAGGGAGAGAGAGAGAGAGAGAGAGAGAGAGAGAGAGAGAGAGAGAGAGAAAAAAGUAGAUAGGGGAAGGAGAGGUGAAGUGGGCUGGGAACCAGGUUUGCAUGUCUGCAUGCUCUCAUGUCCAUGGUCAGAUUUUGGGGGUUUUGAGACUAAAGGAGGGAGGAUGGUAGAGUGUGGGGGGGAGAGAUGAUCCCAAAGCCAUUAACUGGCAAUAAUGUACAGUAUUUAAUCUAUUUAAUAUUUAAGUCCUACCCUGAACUGUAGAUGACAUACAAUUUGCCUUAAAGGUAGCAUAGCAUAAAACCAAGAAGACUUCACAGGCCAGAAAGUGGCAAAUGCACCAUUUAACAGUACAGCCACUACAACUAGAUUUAAACUGCGUUGCCAUGUACAGAUUUAACUCUAUGGAAAUCUAGGGUACUUAUUUUUUUUAGUGUCAGUAGUUAUGUAUGAAAAUCACCACCAAAAUUAUAAUAUGUGCACAACCUGCAUCUAGGGGUGGCACGAUACCGAUAUCAGACACAGCCAUUUUAGACCUUUUCAAAAUAAAAACCUACUUAACCCAUUUGUUUUGCAGCUAUUUCACUGACAUAAUUCUUCUUUUACAGCCUGUGCAUAGUGAAGCAUGCGAUGUAUAUUAUGUUUGGAUUGUAUCAGAUUUCCGAUAUCCGAUUCAGUGAUUUUCAGUAUGGGAAUGAUCAUUUUACUCGAUAUCCCCAGAAAAUUCCAUCAGUGUGUGGCCACUGUAGAGAAUAUUGUAUCAUUUCCAAAUUUCUCGUCUUCUUGGGCUAAGUAAAUCCAAAUGUUUCCACAGAAAAAUGCAGCAACAUACAACUGAAAAUCAAAAUCCGCCGUUAACGUCACAACCGAAGAAACCAAUCCACUCGCCUCUAGAAUCAAUUAAACGUGUAUUUUCAUAGUAACACUACUAUUUUUUACGAUUAAUAUUUUAUCUUACAUAUUUUCUGAAUAAUAAAAACCUAUUUAAGCUCAAGAAAACCCACGACUUCAUCAUUUAAUAUCAGGGUCUAUGGACAUCAGGGUCAGGUACUACUUCACACUAUUUCACUGCCACUAACAACAUCUGUGAUCCAUUUGCUCGAACUCACUCCUGUCGUCAUCGUGGUUCCCGCCUUUAUCUGUGCUCUGUUGGUGAUGUCUGCCUGCCUGAGCCACUCUGCUCCUCAUGCCUGCCCUCACCCUCAUACGGUCGCAUGUUCUUUUUAACGUGUUGUUGUUAUGAGGUCAUUGGAAGUGUGUGUUGUGUGUGUGUGUGUGUGUGAGUGAGUGAGUGUGUGAUGAAUGCCGUCUCAUUGCGCUGUUUUCUUGGAACGUCCAGCAUGAGUCGAUGAUUGUGUUUUUCUAUAUUUAUGUUUGUCGUACGUUUCCCAAACAGCAGUGGGGGUCAAGUCAGAGCUACUCGUUAGACAGAUAGCAGGACUAUCAGGUGAAACAAAACCCUCUCUUCCUCUCCUUUUUCCCCCACCCUCCUCUCUCUUCACCUUUCCUCUGGUUGUAAUUCCACCAGCCGACCAACAGAUGGCAGCGUUUCAUCACCAAACCGCCGGACUGGGCUACUGUUAUCAAAUAUAUUGUUGCAGGUCAGACUCUGCCUUAAAACUCCAUGUUGUUCUACUGUGGAGGAUCCCCACGCCCCUCCCGCCUCACACGUACAUAUCUACCGCCUGACGUCAUUUCCCAUCGGGCACCUGUACCCCGUCCUCGCCUCUGUGUGUGUGUGUGUGUGGGGUGGGGGACGCGGCUGCAUCUACAGGAAACGUUUCUGUCCCCCUUUACUUGGUUGUAUUUGUGAAUGUGACGACACGUAUGUGCACAUGCGUGAUGUUAAAUGUUUUUUUUUUUUUGUUUGUUUUUUAAACCAUUGAAUGAAUUGUACAUAUUAACAUCCCGUGUGUCGAUGCUGAAUGUGUUUCCAUGGCGACUAAUUUGUUAGGAUUGUUUUUGUUGACACCCACAGGAAAAAAAAAUGCUUUUUAAAAUUGAACCGAUGCACUUUGCCCUCACAACAUAUGAAUCUGAUUGAAUGAGCGAGUGAUUAAAUGAAUGGAUGAAUGACUGAAGGUCUGUCAGCUGAGGUUGUUUUACCUGCGGGAAACGGUAGUUUUCUCUUGUUAAAAAAAUGUUUUUUACACUCGUCUGCAUGGUUUUACUAGAUUCCUUCAGUUAAUUCAUCUCUUGAUCAUUUUCUUUUUCUUUAUCUUUCCAAUAGACGAGCAAAAUCAUUGUUUUUGGCGUCCUGUUGAUGCUCCAGGAAACAGUUCUCCUGGUCGAGCUGUAGUCUGUCUCUUUGAAGAAGCUGUGAAAUGUAUAGAAUUAUGCUGUAGAUGUUACUUGAACUCUCACACAACUCCACAUUUCCUCUACUACCCUGUGGCCAUUUGUCUAUCGGGGCAUUAAAGAGUUAUUAAUUGUAAUCUUGACACUUAACCGCUGAAAGAAAAAUAAUAUUGUCUUCUUUUUUAGCCACUAAUAUGCCUCUAAAAAUGUUGGAUCCCAGUCAUAUUAAUCUCUGACAACCUGGUUUCCAUCUAACCUGUUCAGGGUGAUUUUGCAGUUUUAAUUAGUUUUUUUCUGAUAUGAUGUCUUGUAAACAAGUGCAAAGAUCCAUCUGCAGCUCAUGAUAAUGUUCAUCACCAAUUCAUCUACUAAUUGUGUCUUUUAAUUAAACACUAAUUGUUGUCUGGGGGGGGAAAAAAAGUCAUAGUUUUGUCUUCGUGCAGCCGUUCUGUACUUUGAUUUUUAACCUUUUUGGUUUAUUUGGCAACAGAAUAAUGAAUUUCUAUCGAAAUAUGUCUUCCAGUUACUAGUUUGGAACAAUUAAUGGUCCAAAGCCCAAAGAUAUUCCGUGAACUCAGAGGAAAAACAAUGAAUAUGUGUUUGGCAAUUCAUUUUAAUAAAAUUAGAGAUUUUCAUUUCUCAUUUAUCGUUAACUGACAUAUGCACAUCUGACACUUGACUCCAAAGUGGACUCUUAAAAUCUUUGUUUCGUCUCGUAGGCCUGUUUGAAGUGAACGGUCUCUUUAACCAUGAGUUUGUUUGUUGUUUUUUAAAAACUGCAGCUUUGAAAUGAGCAAAAUCACACUAACGGAUCAUUUUUUGUAACACGAAUAAACCUAUAACCACUCA